AUGAAUAUAUUUUUAUUAUUUAAUAUCGUUAUUAUCAUUGAUGAUGUCGUCAUGAAAUCGGAACUAAACACAUGGCAACCUUUUAACAAUCUUUACAAUACAGAUGUAAUGAUUAAUGAUAUUUCUCAUGAUUGUUUCUAUUUAAGUAUAACUGACAAGAGCAAAUUGAAUGAAAAAGAAUAUGAAGUUCAUCAAAUAAUUGAAUAUUGCAUUCGAACAUCUAGGGAAGAAAUAGAAGUGAACAGUGAUGAAAAUUCAAUAUCAUCUAUAUUAACUUUUGAUGAACUGAAGAAGAAAAAUGUAACUGAAAAGAAUCUAAUGGAAUGGUCAACUCCGAUUGAUCUUAUUGAACGAUAUGAACAUUUUUUAAAAAUGAACAAAUCUUCAUCGAACGAAGUAUUUUAUAAUUGUACUCGACCAUGGUUUGGACCGUUCUGUCAAUAUAAAUUCAUUGCAAAUCAAACAUUUGCAAAGAUGAUCGAAACAAUAGAUAGUUGUUCGAAUCUUAUUGAAUAUGUAAAUACGACUUUUAGUUGUUAUAUACAUUUGAAGUGCAAUCGUGGUUCGCCAUAUAUUUGUCUCGACUGGCGUGAAAUAUGCGAUGGAAAAGUCGAUUGUCUCGAUGGUGGAGAAGAUGAAAAACAUUGUCUCGAACUUGAGCUAAACACAUGUGAAGAAAACGAAUAUCAAUGUCGCAAUGGAAUGUGUAUUAACAAAGUGUUUUUGUUAGAUGAACUGACUAGUUUCAUUAGUCCAGAAUGUUUAGAUAGAUCCGAUGAACACUUCAGCUACAGUAGAUGUGAGUUUAUUCCACUUUUUACGUGCAAAGAUAUCAUGUCACCAUUUCCUUCUCGUUUUGCCUGUGGAGAUGGCAAUUAUCUCUUGAGUCAUAUGCCGCGCAAGAGAUCUGAGUGUAGAAAUAAUCGAGAUCAGGUAUGGAACUUUCUAGUCGGCUGGCACAAUAAUAAAGAUACACGAUUUCCUCGCUGUUUCAAGAUUCUCGUAUGUACAUCAGUUAUGUUUUCAUUGAACGAAUUCGAUGAGUAUUGCAAACAUCUAUGUGAGAAUGUGAAAGAAUGUAAAAUACAAAUUGUUCACUCGUGUCCAGCUGCAUUUAUUGCACCUACUAUACCCGUAUGGGGUGGUCAUGUUCGAUUAGGUUACUUUUCUAAUCAAACAUUUACCUAUAGUAGUGAAGCUACACCUACGUUUGUAUGCUAUGAUCAAAAACGUUGUCCAUUUAUCAUACCAACAUUAAUAGUGGAAAAUUCUACAUGUAUCCAUAUAGAUGCUUUGAAGUUGUCAUCAGAUAGCGAUUUCUAUAAAUUAUUUAUUUCAUGUAAUCAAUUAUUUGAAAGUGAAAAUGACACUCACUGUCAAGAUCUGACAAUGUUACGUUGUUUGGGAACAAAUAAAUGUAUUCCUAAGCGUCGUAUUAUGGAUGGAAUUUUGGAUUGUUAUCGCAAUUUCGACGAGUCAAUCUCAGCUAAUUCAUGUGCAUUGAAUGAUACAGAUCGUUUUCCAUGCACAUCAGAACAAAAAUGUCUUCGACCUAUUCUCGUGGGUGAUCGGCAUGCACAGUGUAUGGGCAAAGAGGAUGAAUUUGCUCUGGAUGGUAUCAUAACUGAUAUACAUGAACUUCCUUUUUCUGCCAUUUGUGACAAUUGGACUGAUAUAUCCAAUUUAACAAAUGAAACUGAUGAAACUCAUUGUGAAGAAUGGCAGUGUGUAAAUCAAUAUACACGAUGUAAUAAAGUAUGGAAUUGUGCAAAAGGCAUCGAUGAAAUCAACUGUUCAUCAAGUUUUCAGUGUUCUGCAGAUGAGCAUCCUUGUCUCACUGGAAAAAAUCGAACAAUGGGUUGUUUACAUAUGAAACAAGCUGAUGAUGGAAUUAUUAAUUGUCUUGGGGCAACUGAUGAGCGAUCUUAUUGUAAAUUACAAAGUCCGAGAAAUAGUUCCAAAAAUUAUCGCUGCUGGAAUCACACAAAAUGUGUUGAAGUUUCCGAUCGUUGUCGAAGUUGUAAUAACUGUAACAAUAUCGAUCAAUUAUGUGAUCAUUUUCAUUCGGAAAUUGUAACCUAUCUAGACUCUGCACAAAAUAUUUUGUUUCAUUUCAAAGCGUCAUUCUCCCAUACCUCUUCACUUAAUUUUCCUCCAAUGCAAUUACCAUCUUCUGUUCAAAAAUACAGACAACAUCGUAUAGUGGACAAUAUGAAAAUCGAUACUCGUAUAUAUCAAAAUGACCCUCGUGCACCGUUAUGCCGUCAAGGUGUUGUAAUUCUUGUUGGUAAAGAUGAAAGAGUACAUUGUCUCUGUUCAUCACAUUAUUAUGGGAAUUUUUGUCAGUAUCAAAAUCAACGUGUUAUUCUUACUAUUCGAAUACGUCAAGAAAGCUUAGAAAAAUUUCAUGUGAUUGGUAUUGUUAUUAGACUUGUUGAUCAUACUGGUCUUAUUCAUUCAUAUGAACAAAUUACAUAUCUUCCUUUGAUUAAUUGUGAUGCGAAAUACAAUUUACAUCUUCUUUAUCAAGAUCGACCAAAGGAUAUGACAAAGAAUUAUUCAGUUUAUAUCGAUGCAUACAAUAAAAGAAAUCUCACUUAUAUUACCAGUUGGAUAUUUCCCGUUCAAUUUCUUUUUAUGCCUGUUAAUCGUAUGAGUGUUCUACUCACAGUUCCAAAAUAUCAAGAUUGUCGUUUAUUAUGUAGCGACAAAUAUCUCGAAUCAUUAAGAAAUGUUAACCCUGAUUCAUGUCAAUGUCACUCAGAUCGAACAACUUCGAUUUCCAUUAUUAAAUACAAAUGUAACUGUUCACCAGGCUCGAUCUGUGUUGGUUUUACAAAUAAUCGAUCAAUUUGUCUUUGUUCUUUAACAAAAGUUGGUCCUCGAUGCUAUCUUAAUUCAAUUUGUCAAAUGGAUACAUGUAAGAAUAAAGGUAUUUGUGUACCAUCUGAUCCUCGACAUUCUUUGGCUAACUUUACAUGUGUCUGUCCAGAGGGAUUUUCUGGUAAAACUUGUGAAGAUAAAGACGUACAAAUCGAUAUGUCAUUUUCUGAUGUGGAACCUACCCAAUCUCUAUUGAUUCACUUCAUCAAAGUGAUAAAACUCGAAGAAAUGAGCAAAGAUCAAGCACCAACUCGAAUAACUAUUUUUAAAAAAAUUCAAUUUUAUCAAAAGAUAAUUACAUUUUAUAUGGCAUUGGAAUUUCAUCUUGUCUUCGUUCAACUUGAGAAUGUUUAUUAUUUGAUUGUACUUCAACAUGAACAUACACCUUCAAUUGUUAUUUCUACACAAAUCUCUUUAUCACAACGUUGUCGACACAUUCGAGAACUUGAUAAAGUUAUUGCUGAUUAUCCGAUUCUUCAUCGUGUAAAAUAUUAUCAUACAGUAUGUAAAAACCAUUCUCAUCUGAUGUGUUUUCAUGAUAAUGAGACAUUUAUGUGUCUAUGUACACAAGAAAGACAUGCUAAUUGUUUUCAUUUUGAUUUUAAUAUGACAUACGAUUGUUUGGGUCACAAUGAUUGUCAGAAUGAAGCGCAAUGCUUUCAAGAUCAUCCACAUUGUCCAUCAAAAACAAUGUGUAAGUGUCGAGAAUGUUUUUAUGGUGACAAAUGUCAAUUCACUACAAAACAUUCUGGUCUUUCACUUGAUUCUAUUUUGGGUUAUCAUAUUUAUCCAAAUUUAUCGAUCAAUGAACAAUCUCCACCUGUGAAAAUUAGUAUAGCUUUAGCGAUAUUAAUAUUGAUUAUUGGUCUCAUUAGUGGCAUUUUAUCAAAUCUGACAUUUCAGAUAAAAUCAACACGAGUAAUAGGUUGUGGUCUUUAUCUAUAUUGUUCAUCAAUAACAUCAAUCUUAAUACUAAUUUUUUUAAAUAUUAAAUUAUGGUUUCUUAUUCUCUCUCAAAUGAACAUUAUUACUGGUCGAUCUUUCCUCUGGUUCAAUUGUCGUUCAAUUGAAUAUCUACUUCGAUUCUUAUUAGCCACCAAUGAUUGGUUAUAUGCUUGUGUAACAGUCGAACGAUUUCUUGUUAUUUUCUUAGGUGUUCGUUUUAACAAGACAACCAGUAAACAAUAUGCAAAACGAACUGUAUGGAUCAUUCUUCUAUCAACUGCUGCAACUAUUGUUCAUGAUCCAAUUCAUCGUCGUCUUAUCGAUGACAGCGAAGAAGAAAGAACGUGGUGCGUACUUCGUAUUACACCACAAGUCGAAAUUUAUGAUAGAUUUAUUAAUAUCUUUCAUUUUCUUAUUCCUUUUUCCCUUAAUUUUAUCUUAGCCAUUGGUAUCAUUUUUCUCACUGCAAGACAACGUUCAGCCGUGCAGCACGAAGUCACUUUUAAACAACAAUUAAGAAAACAACUUAGUCAACACAAACAUCUCAUUCUUAGUUCAAUUUUAUUGGUUAUCUUGGCUGUUCCUCGUUUGGUUAUUUCCUUUUUACCUAAUUGUAUGAAAUCAGCGAAAGAAUACAAGUUCUUCUUAGCUGGUUACUUCGUUUCAUUUAUUCCACCGAUACUUCAUUUUUUCAUUUUUGUAUUAACAUCAGAAAUAUACAAGAAAGAAUUCGAGAUAAUGAUUAAACAAAAAUGGAGAGCAUUUCGACUUCGUUUAAAUCCAAAUUAUCAAUUAUCAUCAAGAAACUAA